AUGAGUAAAAGAAGCAAAGUAUUUUUCGAUAUAUCAAUUGACAAUAGAGGUGCUGGAAGAAUAAUUUUUGAGUUGUUCAAUGAUAUAACACCAAGAACAUCAGAAAAUUUUAGAGCAUUAUGUACAGGAGAAAAAAUUGGAUCAAGGGGAAAAAGUUUACACUAUAAGGGUUCAAUUUUUCAUAGAAUUAUUCCUCAAUUUAUGUGUCAGGGAGGAGAUAUAACAAAUGGAAAUGGUUCAGGUGGAGAAUCUAUAUAUGGUAGAUCAUUUACAGAUGAAAAUUUUCUUGUGAAACAUGACCAACCAGGUUUAUUAUCAAUGGCUAACGCUGGACCAAAUACAAACUCUUCUCAAUUUUUUAUCACUUUAGUACCUUGCCCAUGGUUAGAUGGUAAACAUGUUGUUUUUGGAAAAGUUAUUGAUGGUAUGAAUGUUGUAAGAGAAAUGGAAAAAGAAGGUGCAAAAAGCGGAUAUGUCAAAAGACAAGUUGUUAUUACUGAUUGUGGAGAAUUAUAA